AUGAUUGUUCUAUUGAGGCUGAAAGCCUCAAACAUCCAAAUUUAUAAUUAUGCGAAAUAUCCUAUCUCGACAAGACUCUUCAAAAACAAUCCUUUUUUAUCCAGUUUUUCGACGAGAACUACCAGUUCAUAUUCUGAAAACGCUAUUCCUCCAACCAAACCCCGAAGAAUUUUCCGGAAGUUACUGUUUUUGAGUCUGAUAUCAAUCAGUUCAUUUAUUGGCUUAGUUUACGUGUCUGAAACCAUUCGAAAUGAAUUGAUUUCAUACUAUCCACCUUCUAAGGAUAUACUAAAUGUGGUCGAAAAUUCAAUUGGAGGUUGGUAUUCUGGUCCAAAAGCUGAACAACCGGUUGUUCCUAUUGGUGAUUUUCCACUUCCACCUAAACGAAAUUCUGAGUCAAUCAGUCAGGUGAAUUCUGUGGCCAGUUCAGAACCUGUUAUUAUUGAAGAAAAAAAGCGUUCACUACCUACUGUGGAAGAAGUUAAAGAUAUGACAGAGAAACGUGAUCAUGUGCCGGUGAUGAACGUAGACUUCUAUGAACUACCCAACAUUGUGAGGGAUGUAGAAAGUACAGUGGAGAGUGCCAAAACUAAAUUGAAAGAAUUUGAACAUGUUAUUGAGAAAUAUCUCGAUGCACUGCUUAUUGCUGUACAAGAUAACAAUUUAAUUUCGAAAGAGAAAAACUGGGGUUUUGUCGGAAAACUAGAACUGAAAAAAGAUAUGUUAGAAGAACAAGUGGAAAAAAUCGUCCAACAAGCUUCACAACAACUUGACGAACUUCAUCAUAUCAUUGAGCAACAUAAGAAUUCGGAACAAGCAAUUGACAGUAAUAUUAUCCCUGAUUCUAUUGAAUCUUAUGGAAAAUUACAAUAUGACUUAACUGGAUCAAUCAAUAAGGUAGUAAAACUUCAGAACGAUAUUAAUAUGCUUAAACGGUAUCGUGAUUUAGCUUCUUCAUCGCAUACAAACUUACAAAAUGAUUUAGAAGCUUUGUCGAAACAUAUUGAAGGGAAAAAGCAGGGCAAAGGCUCUUCCACAACAAUGAAUGUGGACGAGUUGAAUGAUUUAAUUUCAGUGGCACAUGCUCGUAUCUCUUCCUUACAAGAUAAAUUAGAUCAUUUAGAACAUAGUGAAAGAGAACGAAUGAAAUCAGCUUUAGAAGCACAACGUCAAGCAGAUGAUAGUCUUCGAAAAGAAUAUAUCAAACAAGAAUUAAAUCGAGAACGCACGAGACAUGAAAUUGAAAGACAUAAAUGGUUACGGGAAGCACGUGAUGCUCGAGAACAUGAAUUGAGAUUAGCACUGGCGAGACAUAGUGAACAUCUUUCACAUAUGUUACAAUUACAGAAAGAGAAAAUGGAGCAUCAAUUCGCACAUCAACUACGUGAAGAGUUGGCAAAGGAAAGAGUCGCUUUUGAAGCUGCACUUAUCGGUUGGACUAAGCGUAUGGAAGCCAUAGAAGAUGUUAUAGACGGAAGAGCAGAUCUAGAUCGGUUAGCUAAAGAAGCACAAUCAUUAUGGCUGUCAUGUGAAGCUUUAGCCUGUCGAUUGCAUUCAGUUAGCCCGUCAAUGAAAUCUCACCAUGAGACGAAAAGCGAUUCGGUCCUACUGAGUCAAACUGGAUCUUUAAAAGAUUUUGUCAAUUCCAUUCGUGAAUGCGCCGCUUCUGGAAAUUACCCUUUUGUCAACAUAAUUCUAGACAGUCUAUCUUCUGAUAUAGUGGAAAAUGGAGUUUGGACAGACAAUGGAUUGAAGAAGAGGUUCGAAAAGGUAUAUAACGUCUGCAGAAAUGUCGCAUUAAUUGAUGAAACAAGUGGUUCACUAUGGGAAUAUGCUUUAUCAUGGCUACAGUCUAUAUUAAUCGUAGAUGUGAAAUAUAAAUGUUUGGAAGCGAUUUCACGUAUUAAACCAAAUAUUGGUAGUCCUUAUGUUCAAUACAUUAAAGAUUAUGAUACAAUGAAACAAACGGACUCAAGAACAGAUUCAUUUCAGUUGUUAUCUAGUGCUAAAUUCGCUAUGGCUAGCGACCAUAAUAUCUUUUCAGGUGACGAAAAUACAUCUGGUGAUGAAGAACUUGAAACAGCUGUACGAUUGUUGGGUCAGUUGCGUGGUCAAUCUCGUGUUGUUGCAAAUGAUUGGUUGGUUGAUGCUCGACACUAUUUGGAAGCUAAACAAACUGCUAGAACGUUAUUAGCUUAUGUUGCAGCUCGUGAUAUUUCUACUUUCCAAAAACGUCUAUAA